UGUAAUUCUGUGUCGUGCCAGGAAAUAUCGAGAACUUUAAAUACUAUUGACAGCAAGUUCUCAUUGAGAAGCUCCUCCCGGUAAACAGCAAACGUUUGGCGCUCCGCCUCUGAAUAGUAAAAGAGUAAACACACGGUCCUGACACACUGGCAGCUUAUCAGAUGUUAUGCAUGCUGUCUGCAAAACCAUCUACAAGAACUGGUCGUCUAGACGGAGGAUCCUUACACAGAGCGGCGAUGCGUUUAUAAUCUGAAUGAGUGACAAAAAUGAGGAUUGAUACAUUGAACGUUGUUGCCGUGUUGUGCGUUGCUUUCGUCACUAUAGGAGGACAGAGUUUUGAAAGGAAAGUGGCCCAGUUACUUCACGGCGAAGCAGAUGAUCUCAAAUGUUUCGUGGAGAGCAAGAAGGAUCUGACCUGCUUCUGGGAGGAAGAACUGGAAAGAAAGAAUUCGCACGAUCGAUACACAUUCAUGUAUUCGUACGAGAAAGAGAAAAGCAGAACGUGCGAUAUUUCAUCGCUGUCUUUAUUGGCCAGCAACAGAACCGUGUUUCUCUGCAAACUCCCUCAAGUCUUGUUCUUCACGGUCCUUGACGUGCAGGUCCUUCACGAUGGCCGGAUGCUCUACAAUCGUAGUCUGAAUGUCGAGAACGUCUUGUUUCUCGAUCCCCCCAGAAACCUCACAGUGGUGAGCUCAGGAAAAGAAGGGCCGUUAAACGUGAGCUGGUUGCCUCCGCAUCUCAAAUACAUGGAUGACAGUAUGAUAUAUGAGGUCAGAUACGCAGUGGAGGGAAGUCACAUGGGCAAGGUGGAGGAGAUAAAGGCCAGCACAAAGCUGAUCCUGCGUGGGUUACAGCCCGGCACCCGGUACAAGGUGUGGGUCCGCGUCAAACCCGAUGGCGUCGCCUACGAUGGUUACUGGAGCGCCUGGACUGAACCUGUGUUCGGAGCUACGCCGCCAAGCGACAUGGAUCCUCUGACCGUGUUGCUGGUUCUGUUCAUCGCAUUGAUUCUCUUCAUACUGUCUGUGACUGUGAUUCUGUCCCGCCACAAGUUUCUUCUAAAGAAAGUAUGGCCUGACAUCCCGACUCCAGAGCACAAGUUUCCAGGUCUCUUAACUGUCUGCGAAGGGGAUUUUAAGGAGUGGAUGAGACAAAAUAACGGGAAUAUGUGGGGAAGAUCCGUUCACGUCUACACAGAGGAACUUCCUUCACCUCUAGAGGUUCUGUCCGAGAUCUCGCUGGCCAGCCAUGCAACCUCCCAGAGAGAAGAGAGAAUAACUUUGGAGGAGGAAGAGGAGAAGAUGGAAAGUGAGGGCACCGACUCCGGAAUAACCGGCAGCUGGCGGGAACCUUCUCACGCCCAUUGGUUUAUGGAGCAGUUGAGGGCGCUUCAGGAAAACCCGCAGUCUCUUUCCCAGUCGAUGUUACUGGAGUCACCUGACACGUACGUCACUCUGAACCAGAACUCCCAGCGUGCUCGAGCCGAAGACGACAGCCAAGUGGACGAUAUCUGCGACGAGUCGUUACCUCUGCAGACGUUGUUCAGCAACACGGGAACGUCGUCUUUGAGUGCCUCGCGGUCCGACCUCGGCUCUCUCCAGCAGAGCUCGGGUUCGGGCAGACUGUCGUCACAAUCCAGCUUUGAGUAUUCAAACCACACGUGGUCGCCCAAUAGGCCGGGGUACACCUACAUGGCGGUCGCGGACUCGGGGGUUUCCAUGGACUACAGCCCGAUGAGCUUGAGCAGGAUAGAGGAUCUUGGGAAACGGGUGAUCUACACCAACGAAUACAAAAAUGAGAUUUUUGGCCACAAGUGUCCGAUCUCCGGUCAGUGUUGAAUCUGGAUACUAAUACAAGGAUUUGGAUUUGAUCAGGAUUUCUGUUGGAGACGUGGCGUUUUAGGCGCAUGUGAAAACACUAGGAUGUUUGAGAGGACAAAUCAUAUUCCAUCAUAUAAAAUAAGCUAAUUCUGUUGUUAAAACACUAUGGCAGCUGUUAAUCAAACUUUUAUCGUAGAUUUUCAGUUUCGAUUUCAAUUGUAAAUCAUUUGGUCUGGCGUUGUCCACGGCUAUACAUACAACCUUAGACGCCUUAUAUAUGUUGUCAUAUAAAUAAGUUAUAAAAUGUGUUUUUGAGGUUUAACAUAAUGUAUAUCUUCCUUCUGUAAAACCUGUAUAGACCACCAUUAGACUUUAUCUGAGUUACACAAAGGAUAACAACCAUCCAGUCCUGCUUUCUGUGCUUGGUGUGUGUUGGCUUAUGUUCAGUUGCUCUAUUGCAUUCUGGGAAUGCUCUUGUGUUGGUAUAAAACCUGACAGCCGCUUGUAGGUUUGCUUUACACGGGGUGCUCAAAUUACUGUAUAGAAAACCUCCAUCUUCAGUCUUUUAAUAAUUUCAGUUUAGUUUGUCAACCGUUCUUUACUUAUGCCUUCUGUAUCAAGCCACACGGAAAUAAAUCAUGGAUCUGUGAAUGACUGAUUUUUGUACAGGUU